AUGGAUCCAAGCUUGCUGAAAGAACGGGAGCUGUUUAAAAAGCGAGCUCUUUCCACUCCUGUGGUAGAGAAACGUUCAGUACCUUCUGAGUCAUCUUCAUCGUCAAAGAAGAAGAAAGCAAAGCUAGAACAUGGAGGAUCAUCAGGCUCCAAACAAAACUCUGGUGUACAUCCUAUGCGCCUUAUCUGGCUGGGUGGGAUGGGGGACCCUGUGCAGCGCAGAGAACUGGCGGUACUGCCAACAGCGGACCCGCAGAAGAAAUCGCAUCACAUCGGACUGCUUCUUCCUCCAGAGGUCCGGGAUGUACUUAUCAACAAGCUAGAAGCAUAUAAUAAUUUUACAGUGCAGAGUUCUGUGUUUGCAGCCAUGGGGAAGUCAAAAGUAGGAACACUCUGGGAAAUUAUGAGAUUUUUGACACGGCAUCAGCAAGGAGAUACACAUCCUCUAACUUUAGAAGAAAUUUUGGAUGAAACACAACAUUUAGAUAUUGGACUCAAGCAGAAACAAUGGUUAAUGACUGAGGCAUUAGUUAACAAUCCCAAAAUUGAAGUAGUGGAUGGGAAGUAUGCCUUCAAGCCCAAGUACAACUUGAAAGAUAAGAAGGCCCUCCUGAGGCUCUUGGAUAAGCAUGACCAGAGAGGCUUAGGUGGGAUUCUUUUAGAAGACAUAGAGGAAGGACUGCCCAAUUCCCAGAAAGCUGUUAAGGCUCUAGGGGACCAGAUACUAUUUGUAAAUCGUCCUGAUAAGAAGAAAAUUCUUUUUUUCAAUGAUAAGAGCUGUCAGUUUUCUGUGGAUGAAGAGUUUCAGAAACUUUGGAGGAGUGUCACUGUGGAUUCAAUGGAUGAAGAGAAAAUCGAAGAGUAUCUAAAGCGACAGGGUAUUUCUUCCAUGCAGGAAUCUGGACCAAAGAAAGUGGCCCCUAUUCAGAGAAGGAAAAAGCCCGCCUCACAGAAAAAGCGACGGUUUAAGACUCACAAUGAACACUUGGCUGGAGUGCUGAAGGAUUACUCUGAUAUCACUCCUGGAAAAUAG